AUGGCAAACAAGCUGUCCAACUUUGGAAAAAUCCUGUUGCGUCGCCGGGCAUUAGACUGCUCUGGAGAAGAGACCCGAUUCGCCCGCUGCCUGUCCACCCUGGACCUCAUUGCUUUGGGGGUGGGCUCCACACUCGGUGCCGGUGUCUACAUCCUCGCUGGCGAGGUUGCCCGUGAAAAGGCAGGACCUGCUAUUGUCCUCUGCUUCCUCAUCGCUGCUCUGUCCUCCAUGUUGGCCGGUCUGUGCUACGCUGAAUUUGGCGCCCGUGUCCCCAAAACAGGUUCCGCAUACCUUUACAGCUAUGUGACCGUUGGAGAAAUCAUGGCCUUUAUCACAGGCUGGAACCUAAUCCUCUCCUAUGUAAUAGGUACGGCCAGUGUGGCCAGGGCAUGGAGCUCAACGUUUGACAGUUUAGUUGAGCAAAAGAUCUCUGACUUCUUUAAAGCCUCCAUGACAAUUGAGGUGCCAGGGCAUGUGCUGGCAAAGUACCCCGACCUGUUUGCCCUCAUCCUGGUCCUGCUGCUCACUGGACUUCUGGCCUUUGGCGUGAACGAAUCGGCGCUGGUGAAUAAGAUCUUCACCGGCAUCAAUCUGGUGGUUCUGGGCUUUGUUAUCAUCUCUGGCUUUGUUAAGGGUGACACUGCCAACUGGAACCUAACUAAAGAAGACUAUGAAAGCUUCAUAAAUGGCAUCAACAGCACCAACGGCACCAACGGCACCAACAGCAGCAGGCUUACUAAGAUCGAGGAGGAAUUUGGCGUGGGUGGCUUUGCUCCAUUUGGCCUGACUGGAAUCCUGUCUGGUGCUGCCACCUGCUUCUACGCCUUUGUGGGCUUUGACUGCAUUGCCACAACAAGUGAAGAAGCAAAGAACCCAAUGCGUUCCAUACCUGUUGGCAUUGUCGCCUCGCUGCUGAUCUGUUUUUUUGCCUAUUUUGGUGUGUCUGCCGCUCUAACCCUCAUGAUGCCGUACUACCAGCUGAACUCCCAGAGUCCUCUGCCUGAGGCCUUCAGCUACGUUAACUGGGCUCCUGCCAGAUACAUUGUGGCUGUGGGCUCUCUCUGUGCUCUGUCCACCAGUCUCCUAGGCUCUAUGUUCCCCAUGCCCCGUGUUAUCUACGCCAUGGCAGAGGAUGGGCUGCUGUUCCGUGUUCUGUCUAGGAUCGACACUCGCACAAAGACUCCUCUCCUGGCUACCAUCGCUUCUGGCGUUGUUGCAGCUCUGAUGGCAUUCCUGUUUGACUUGGCAGCUCUGGUUGACCUCAUGUCCAUUGGAACUCUGUUGGCGUACUCUUUAGUGGCCAUCUGUGUCCUCAUCCUCAGGUAUCAGCCAGGCAGCUUGAGUUCCUCGAGCCAGAUGGAGAAGCUGGUGGAGCUGGUGGAAGGGGAGAAGGUUGCCGUAAGUGGAGGGGACAGCGGUGACGAGUACGGCAUGGAGACGGAAGCGAGACCACUCAGAGAGGCCUUCACCGCCAAGCUGCUCUUCUGCCCAAGUGGAAAGCACCCGACGCAGACCUCUGGGAAUAUUGUCUAUGCCACCACUGCUAUUAUUUCGGUUUUUAUCACUGUGCUGUGCAUCAUCCUGGCCAACUCUCUCACAAUGCUGCAGGCCGGGCAUCCAGCUGUCGUGGUGCCCUGUGUCAUCUUGACUCUGCUCUGUAUCGUCUGUCUCAUCAUCAUCUGCAGGCAGCCUGAAAGCAAAGAGGCUCUCAACUUCAAGGUCCCUCUGCUUCCCUGGUUGCCUCUUUUCAGUGUUUUCGUUAAUCUCUACCUCAUGAUGCAGCUGGACCGGGGUACAUGGUGCCGAUUCGCCGUCUGGAUGCUUAUCGGUUUUGCCAUCUACUUCCUCUAUGGUAUUAGGAACAGCAGUGAAGCUGCCAAAAGGUCCUCCCCACGCAAAUAUGAGCCCACGUUGCAGACCAAAAGCCCGAUUUACAAGGGCGCUCCUAACGACAGUGACGUGGAAGUAGGCAGCAGCCCCUGAGACACACUGACGUAGACCUGGGGAGUGUUGCCAGAGCAUCUACACUCAUUUUGGCAGUCUGGUUGAACUGGCAGCAAAAUGCUGCAAUGGAGGCGGCUUGGAACGCAGCCCUGGGUUUAAAGGGAGGAGAGGCAAGAAAGCGCCACACAAACGUCUUACCUCUGACUUGGAGGCUGAUUAACUUGAUGGCUAGACACUGACAAAGCCACGUUCUGGCCAUGGGGUCUGUUUCUAUCUGUCUGUUUGUACUUAGCCUUAGCCUUCUGGUAAGAUAUUUACCUGCCUAUAACACAUGCUUUGAAUGGACCUAACUAACAAAGCCUUCAGUAGAAUUAACAUGUCUAGUUGUUGGUUCUUGUUUGUUUCACCAGGCUGUUUGUUUCUGUGUAAACAGGGUAGCACUGACUCGGUGGUUUAGUGUCAAUCAGGGCCUCAGUGCAGUUAGGUCACUAGCACAUGGAUGACGUCCAUGCCCUCUAUACUGUACGAUUCAGUGUCUGAGGCGGAAGUACAUGCUUUACAGAUCAUCCUUGUGCCCCCCGCUCCCAGAGAACAGCCAUAAAGUUAGUGUGCCCGGCACCCUUUUAAAAUGGUAUGAAAUUAGUUGCGUAUUGUAAUUUAUCCAUGUUUUGCAUAUUGUGACUUUAGUGCAAUGGUAUUUACAGGCAUUUUGUGGCUUUUGUUUCAACCUAAACCUAAUAACUAAAAUGUUUUUUUAAAGGCUUUUAAUACCACAAAGGUUGACAAACUACUUUUUGGACCCUUGGGUGCAAGUAUGUAAAUUAAAUCUGGAAUUUGCUUAUUAAUUAGAUUACACGAUUUCAGGCCUCUCUGUUCCAUCUUUGCAUGUCUAUACCCAGAUAUUUUCGCACAUCUGAGGAGGUUGAUAAGAUUUGCACUUUACAAGGUCCUUAAUCGCAAUAGAAGUUUAAUUGAUAUAAUCUUUCACCUGUGACUGAUCUGGGAGCUGGGGAUGUGUUUCUGAACACAGGGUCUGUCUUUCAUUACCACAAAAAUAUCAUAUUCCCCUUUUUUUGUUUAUAAUUCCUUGUGAAAAGACUCACAAAUGUUCUUGUUUAGUUUCAAUUGAAACUUGUUCUUGGCAGCUUUUGUCUGCUGAGUUCCCAUUGCGUUUACUUUAUUCAACUGUAAUUAGUUUUUACUACUUUUUAUUUACGUCUACUAAUAGAACUGUUAAUAUUGAAUUGUUUAUAGAAUUGUUUGGCAUUGCUUUCUUUUUGGCUUCCACCAUUGGUCAGAGUGGGUGUUUGACUUGAGUGUUGAUGUUUAUUAAUUGGCUAUUGCCUUUUCAAAAUGUAUUGGCAUAACAAACAUUUAUCUUCCUAAUUGCCCAUCAAUCAGAUGAUUAAUUUCCUCAAUCCAUGGUUGUGGCUGCUGCUGCCACUGCCACAUGUUUCAAGUCAUAGGCUCAGGAGCACAGAGUAUAGGCUACAUGCAGAGGAACGGCACACAGUGUGAAGGCUUAUGUAGUUUACAAAAAGCAGUCACAAACAGCAGUUACAUGAGGCUAUUUCUAAAUAUAGUUUUUUUGGGGGGGGUCAAAGGAAGCAGACAACGCUUUAGUAGCCGGUGAGUGUGGUGAAAAGAACUAAACACAGUACAAAUUCAGUUUCCGGCAGCAAUGUUAAUAUUGGUGCACCGAAGAGAACAGGGGGAAAAAAAGAAACCGUAAAGGAGCUAAAGUGGUAUUACAUCUACAGUGUAGGUGUUGGUUUGUCCAUGAAUGAACGCUGCAACUCCUCACAAUUAACAUUUGAGGCUGUGGUUUAUAAUUGUCAUAGGUUGAAAAGUACAGGUCUGUUUACCAGAGUAACGGUAAUUACACUAACAAUUUAGAUGAGUAAUCCAGGACAAUAAGAUUGAAAUGCAGUCCUCAAUUAUUUGUCUCAAACAUAUCUCGACCAUGUCAUGUGACAUGCUACUUGAGUACACAACAAAUAAAUAUCACCGGGACUACACCAGAUGAACAUUACAAUAUCUAUUUUCACAUUAUAGACACCACCGCUGAUUAACCCUGUAACAAUUUGGCCACCAUUAAGCACAUUUACCAUACAUGGUCCAGCCAUAUACUAGGAUUUGACCUGAUCUUGUGUUGUUUUGUCUUUUCAUAUCAAUCUCAGUUUAAUAUGCUUUUUAGGUGUUAAUGUAUUUUAAUUGUUACAUGUACAGUUUUUUUGUCACCCUUGUUGAUUUGUUACCUUUUUUUUUGUUGCAAAUGUCUUGCAUCGUCAAAUGAUUUAAUCAAAUGAUUUAAUUGUAAUUGACCAGAUGGAAAUGUUUUUGAAAACAAAGCAGUCACAAAAGAGUGACUGCUAAAGUGUGUGUGUGUGUGUGUCUGUGUGUGUGUCUCUCCCCCCCCAACCCUCUAGAAGCGAUGUAACUUAUUGUUUAUAGUAUUUUUGUUCUAGUAAAGUGCUUUUCUGUAGAAUGUACAGUAUUUGUUUAAAUUUGUUUCUUUAUUUGUAUAAUACUGUAAAUUAUACAAACAUACUUUCUUUAACACAUGACGUGCAUAAUUUGAUAAGAGAGGUUUUUGUAAAUCACACUUGAAGGCAUUUAAUUUGACACUUGAUGCUGCUGAAAUCCUAGUCAAAAUGGUCCUGUUGGAUGUAAUAUUAAAGCUUUUCUGUAGAUGCUGUUUCCAAACAUCUUCACCGUUUUGGCUUAGAAAAUGCACCCCCCCUUUGGACACUUGACAUCAACCAUAAAGUUUGCUGAGAACGGAGGUACAGUAAAAGUACAUUUUGAAAGUGUUGCUAGAUGAUGUCGGUCAAUAAACUGGUGCCUA